GAGGCGGCGGGGCUUCGGCGCGGGGCGGUGGGAGCGCAGCCCGGCCGGGCGCCGGAGCGGAGUCGCCUGCUGCGGGCCGGCCGGCCGCGGAGCGCUGGCUGGAGGCGGCUGGCCCCUUCCGCCGAGAGUGAGCUGGAGAUGGUGGACCACCUUGCAAACACCGAGAUCAACAGCCAGCGCAUUGCUGCUGUGGAAAACUGCUUUGGGGCUUCUGGGCAGCCCUUAGCCGUGCCAGGAAGGGUCCUUCUAGGAGAAGGGAUUUUAACCAAAGAAUGCCGCAAGAAACCAAAGCCUCGCAUAUUCUUCCUGUUCAAUGACAUCCUUGUCUAUGGCAGCAUAGUCAUCAACAAGAGGAAGUACAAUUCCCAGCACAUCAUUCCUCUUGAAGAUGUCACUUUGGAGACGCUGCCAGACACCUUGCAGAUGAAGAACCGGUGGAUGAUUAAAACCUCCAAGAAGUCCUUCGUGGUUUCCGCGGCCUCCCUCACAGAGAGGAAGGAGUGGAUCAGCCAUCUGGAGGAGUGCAUCAGGCACCUGCUGAGCAAGACAGGCCGGCAGCCUUCCAGGGAGCACGCGGCCCCCUGGAUCCCUGACAAGGCCACGGACAUCUGCAUGCGCUGCACACAGACCAAGUUCUCCACGCUCACCCGGAGGCACCACUGCCGCAAGUGCGGCUUCGUCGUCUGCGCAGACUGCUCCCGGCAGCGCUUCCUGAUGCCCAGGCUGUCCCCCAAGCCCCUGCGUGUCUGCAGCCUGUGCUACAGGCAGCUGCUGGCAGAUGAGAAGAAGGAAGCAGAGGCAGAAAGGAGGCGGCCAGAGCCGGCCCCGGGCUAUGAACCCUCCAGUGGCGACGACAGCGACAAGUCUGAUGAUGACAAAGCCGAGCAGUGGCCAGCAGACACAGAGUUUUAUACCUCAGAGGUAUCCUGGUCAUCUUUCCAUAGCUGACAUUUAGACAUUGGGAAGACAACCUCUGGCCUCCAGCAUGUGUCCUUCUUGAUACUUUGUCUGAAGGCUGUGCCUGGGAAGGUGGAUAUUGUCCCCUGUGUGUGGUGUCUGCGUGGGGAGCAGAGGUGGGGUUACCUCUCUGAGAACGUGCUCAUGUGACAUGAGCACAGGGAGCAGCAGCUCAGUGAAGAGCGUGGACUGGGGCAGACCUGUGGAUCAGUCUUGGCCAAACUCCUCAGUGCCUUAGUCUUGUCUGCCCGGGGAAGACUUGUUAAAAGUCUUGAAAAAUCCAGGAAAAUGCUCCAAACUAACAUCCUGUGAUCUUAGUUUCUACUUCUGAGCAGGAGCCCAAGGCAUUGAGUGGGCUCACCCCAUGUCUCUCAGUGUCAUGAGUCCAAAGUUAGUCCUUUGUUUACUUCCAGGAUUGGAGCCUCAGACUUCACACUUGAGAUAAAAUUGUUAGAAAUAAACGCAUGUUUAUUCAAAUAUUCUACCAUAUUACGUGACAGUAAAUAUACUGAAAAUCAGACAACAGCAAUUGUUUUGCAGCAGAUAUUUCUACAAACUCUGUUGUUACUUUUAGUAUAUUUUUAUAUUGUGUAUUUUAUGCUCUGGAAAAGGAACGUGGCUGGGAGUACACUGCCAAAGUUAUAAACCAUGACCAGUUCCAACAGUGCAUUGCCUGCCAGAUGGCCAGACUUAAGGUUUUUUAAAUUUCAAUUCAAAGUAAUCAUUCUUUGGGUCUUUUGUAAACUGCCUCUGUUCCAAUGAAUUUGUAUCACUUGACUGUGUGUGAAUAAAGAUAUGGCCAACAGGAAGAGGCCAGGAAAA